AUGAACCUGGAAGAGAAGAAGUUGAAUCUCCUAUCCCUGGACGGCGGAGGCAUCCGCGGUCUCUCCUCCCUUUAUGUGCUCAAGGAUAUGAUGGAAGCAAUCGAUCAGCAUCAUCCACCAAAACCAUGCGACGUCUUCGAUAUGAUCGGUGGGACAAGCGCAGGCGGAUUAAUCGCUAUUAUGCUGGGCCGCCUCAAGAUGGGCGUGGACCAAUGCAUCGACGCAUACGCUCGACUCUCCCGGCAGGCUUUUACCAGGAAGAAUUAUAUCCCCGUCACUCUACGGGGUAAGUUCAGGGCGCGCUUCAACACCAAGAAGCUCGAACAGGCCUUGAAGACCAUAGUGGUUGAACAGGGUCUGGACGAGGAUGCUCUCCUCCAGGACCCUGAUACGUCCUGCCGCGUCUUUGUCUGCACGACGAAUAAAAUAAUUGGGAAUGUCAACAGCUUCUCGAGCUUUCACAAUUUUCGUGUAGACUGGGACUUGUACAAAGUUCUGAAGAUCUGGGAGGCUGCAAGGGCGACAUCCGCAGCGCCGUCGUUCUUUGAUCCGUUUGUGGUGAUCGAUCCGCUGAUGGGGUAUAAACGGGUGUUCCUCGAUGGUGCUCUUAGUGCCAAUAAUGCUGUUCGAGAAAUGUGGCUCCAUGCUAGGGAUCUAUGGGGGUCAGAAAACCUGAAGAGUCGGCUGGGAUGUCUGGUGUCUUUGGGUACUGGCAUGCGGGCUGAGAUGAACUUUACUGGGGGAUUCAUCCAGGAACUUAAGCUGAGGAAGCGGAUUCUGACGGAUACGGAGUUUGAUAGCGGAGACAUUUGCCUAUGA